AUGACAAGCUGGUUAUUACAGAACAUCGGUGCACUUAUUCUCGCAUCUAUAGUAUGGCUCGAGCUAAAAACCGGGCUUGUUCUUGGAUCUUUCGGAUUAUUCGAUAGACAUCCGCAUAUUGUCUGCGCCAGUCUCUUCAUUCUGGGCCUUCUUCUCUCAUGUUGGCUUGUACGCAGGUUCCAGUGGCGGCAACGCGUACCGCAGCACAUCGACCUCUUCAGCUCGUCACCAUACAAACAUCGGCGCACACGAACUCCCGAGUUCCCACCAGGAAUGCAGUUCAACCUAGUUCAGGAAAGAUGGAGGAAAAGGGGUAUGGAAGAGCCAUUUCUAAAGCGCCGGGCAUUUGGGGCAAGUAGGCCGAUAGAAGUACCACCAGUGCGGAGACCGCUUCUCAGCAUUCCGACAGUUGCUUCAGGGCUGCCGCAGUCAGAUAUGAGUCCGAUAAAUACAUCAUUUAGGAAGGUUGGAUGGAGCUAG